AUGGAAGCAAUAUUGCAUGUCCUCUUCAGCUCGACAGCUGGCCUGAGACAGCCCAUACGGGUUGAGUACUGGCAUGCCGCAUGCCCGCGUCUACUGCAGGUCGUCGGGGUGACGGUGGGGCUGAGCAGGAGUGACGCCAUCCUGCCGGCGUCCGAGGACUCCAAGUGCCAGUCGGUUAGGGACCUGCCUGCCGACCAGGAUCGGUGUGCAUACGCCGAGACCUACUGUGAGACGGACAGCCUGUUCGACUACACCAAGGCAUACUACUGCCAUGUAUACCCCACUCCCUGGAAGCAGGGGCUCAUGAUCACUGCAUGUGUCCUCCUGCUACUCACCCUGUUCCGGGUGAUGGCCCUGGCCGCGGACGAGUUCUUCUCCGUCAUCCUGUCCCAGAUCUCCCAGGACCUGGGCCUGCCCCCGCGCCUCGCUGGGGUCACUCUCCUUGCCCUGGGCAAUGGUGCACCUGACCUCUCGGCAAGCGUCGCGGCCGUCAAGUCUGGCAAUGUCGAGCUGGCACUCGGCGCCCUGACCGGCGCCAGCAUGUUUGUGACGUGCAUCGUCGCCGGCAGGGUCAUCCGAAUCUGCGGCGGCGUGUCUGCCCGCGGGGCACAGAUUCGAGACAUCGCCUUUUUUGCUGCAGCCCUCGUACUGAUCGCCAUCGUGGUGGGGUCCGGCAGGGUAAAUGCCGGCGCGGUGGCGGCCCUCCUCCUGCUCUACUUCACCUACGUGGCGGUGGUGGCGCUGGCCGACAUCAGCAAGCGCGCGGGCGUGGCCUGGACCCGCCUCCUCGACCCACGAGUCAUGCAUGCUCCCCCCCUGGCGGCUUUCGAGGUGCGGGGCCGGUACCGCGACCUGCUGGAGAUGUCGGCGGGGAGCGAGCUGGAGAGCGUGAGCGGGGCGAGCACGCCCCGCGUCUACGAGUUCAAGCUGGACCGCAUGGAGCGCGGCGGGGGCGAAGGGAACGGCGAGGGGGCCGGCGACGAGUGGCGCGCGCCCGUCGACCGAGCGACGCGGGCCUGGUCGGCGAUCCAACCCAGGCUCGCGCUCUGCCUGUGGGCGUUGGAGCGCCCCUUCGUCCUCGCCCUACGCGCCUCGGUCCCGCUGGUGGAGAAGGACGCGUAUCGCCGCGGCUGGUUCGUGCUGUCGGCGCUGCUGGCGCCCUCCGCGCUGAACUUGGCGCUCCAGCGCUUCGACGCGGCCAGCCUGGCGGCCGCCGCGGGCGCGGGCGCGGCGCUGGCCGCCGCCGCGGGCGUGCUGACGCACCCGGGCGUGCUGGCCUCCCGCCCCCCCGACUGGGCGCUGGGCACGGGGUACCCGCUGGGCGCGCUGCUGGUGGCGCUGGCGGGGUUUGCCGUCGCCGCGCUCUGGAUCAACCUGGCGGCCAACGAGCUGGUGGGCCUCCUCCAGUUCUUCGGCGUGCUGUCGGGCGUGCAGCCCGCGGUCCUGGGCGUCACCGUCCUGGCCUGGGGCAACUCCCUGGCCGACCUGGUGACCAAUGCCAGCCUGGCGCGGCGCGGCGCGCACGGCACCUCCAUGGCCAUGACCGCCUGCUUCGCGGGGCCCAUCGCGCUGGCGCUGGUGGGCGUGGCCCUGGCGCGCGCGCGCCGCCUGCCGCGCUGGGUGGGCGGCGCGCUCAUGGCCUGGUACGCCGCCUACCUCGCCGCCGUGCUGGCCCUCGUGCUGACCGUCCAGGAGUGA